CGUGUGAAAAAUACCCUGGUACCUCAGGGGCUCAAUUAUAAUUUCCCGUCUAUAAGGACCCCCACACCCAGCUCCCACGCGGAGCCGAAAAAAAAAUCUCGCUUUCGUUUCGCGUGGCGUGAGGAGGAGUCGGAGGGAAGCCAAAACUCGCGAAAGGGACUCGGGUUUCCACUCGGAGCGGAGGAGAUGGCCGGGAAGGGAGGCAAGGGGCUGCUCGCGGCCAAGACGACGGCGGCCAAGUCGGCGGAGAAGGACAAGGGGAAGAAGGCACCCGUCUCCCGCUCCUCCCGCGCCGGCCUGCAGUUCCCUGUUGGCCGUAUCCACCGCCAACUGAAGCAGAGGACCCAGGCAAACGGUCGUGUUGGUGCCACUGCAGCAGUCUACUCUGCUGCCAUCCUGGAGUACCUGACCGCUGAGGUUCUGGAGCUGGCUGGGAAUGCUAGCAAGGACCUGAAGGUGAAGCGUAUCACCCCUCGCCACCUUCAGCUGGCCAUCCGAGGAGAUGAGGAGCUCGACACCCUCAUCAAGGGCACCAUCGCCGGUGGAGGUGUCAUCCCGCACAUCCAUAAGUCCCUGAUCAACAAGUCCUCCAAGGAGUGAGGGGCUAGAGAUGAUGUGCAUCUUAGUUUAAACUGGACUUUUGUGCGCUCCUGUGUUGUAAGUCCUGGUCGUUAUGUAGGUCUUAGUUAAGCUGUCAGGUUUAAAGUGAUCCUUCCAUGUAACGCUUUCCUGGAACUGCUUCCGCUAUUUGAACAUCGUGUCUGUUGUUAACUUCAGGGGUGCAAACCUGGAUGCUUAUUUAGUUAUUUGUGACUGCCUGUUAUUUCAGCUCA